UUGAUUUCACACACAAAAACGAUGGCCGUGUUUAUGCAAAGUUUACAUAUCGCGGGGCAGUUGUCGAACAGCGAAGCGAGUACUGACUACCAUCUGCCUGCGGCCCUAAAUCUGAAUCAUCUGCUCAAUAAACUGAUGAGCUUCCGACGCUCAAAGAUGCAAAGGCUUCCGUUGUUGGAGACAGAAGUGAACUUACUGUGCACCCUGGCACGUGAACUUUUCCUCGACGAGCCCAUGCUGCUCAAUGUUACGGCACCCAUUAGAGUUGUGGGCGAUAUACACGGGCAGUAUCACGAUCUGAUGAAGAUCCUCGAUCAGUGCGAAUAUCCGCCGCAGACACGGUAUCUAUUUCUCGGGGAUUACGUGGACAGGGGCAAGAACUCGGUGGAAACGAUCACCCUGCUUUUGGCACUGCGCGUCAAGUUCCCGAAGCACAUUUACCUACUGCGUGGAAAUCACGAGUCGCAGUCGGUGAAUCGAGUCUACGGAUUCUUCGACGAGUGCAAGCGGCGCUACACGGUGAAGCUGUGGAAAACCUUUGUCGAUUGCUACAACUGCAUGCCCGUGGCAGCCAUAAUUUCCCACCGCAUCUUCUGUUGCCACGGCGGCCUAAGUCCGCAGCUGAAGGAGCUGAGCAACAUCGAAUCGAUUGCCCGUCCCACAGAAGUGCCCGAAACGGGUCUGCUAUGCGAUCUGUUGUGGAGCGAUCCGGAUCGCUAUGGCUUCGGCUGGACAUCGAGUGAUCGGGGUGUUAGCUACCUCUAUGGGCGCGAUGUCCUCGAGAAGUUUCUGCAAAAGAACGACUUCGAUCUGGUGUGUCGUGCCCACCAGGUGGUGGAGGAUGGAUACGAGUUCUUUGCCAAACGCCAGUUGGUCACCGUCUUCUCGGCACCCAACUAUUGUGGCUUGUACGACAACGCAGGGGCUUCAAUGGGCGUGGACAAGGAUCUAGUUAUCUCUUUCGAUAUACAGCGGGGUGACAUCCGAAGAGUCGUCGCUAGAAGUGGGAGCGUUUCUCCCAUAAGUUGAAAAACAGACGGAAAGGCUGCUUGAACUAUCAAUUCCUGCAAAGAUUAGCAGUAGCGUGGAAGCUCAGUAAUCUUAAAUUGUGGACCAGAGCCAAAAGGAUAGAUCAUCUCGCUAUAAAUGUACUAUCAUCAAGUAACAAUUUCACUUUCAUGAAUGAGCAUCUCAAGCAUCAAAAUGGCAUUACUGCUUGAUGAUACUACAUGGAAAAUGUAUAAAUUAUAAAUAUAAAUUCAGCAAUGACCACCAAAUUGUACAAAGCAAUUUU